AUGGUUAGGACCAGAGGAAAUAUAUCUAGACGUGGUUCAAAUGAUGCACCCGAGAGUUCCAGACAGGGUGCUGCACGAAAGAGACCGACAGCAUCGACUCGUAGAAGGGGUCAGCAUGAGGCUAAUGUUGUUGAGGAUGACAUUGUUGAGAAUGAGGUUCCUGACGUUCCUCGGGAGGACGAGCAGGUCAUUGAUAACGAUGGUGGAGGAUUUCCUGGUGGGCCGUAUGAUACAUCUUUAUUGACGCAGUACCAGGAUCAUGUUGCACGCAUGAUAUGGGAUGGUCAGGAUCGAGAUGUGAAAGUGGUCUCCCAUAUUAAAAAAGUUAAGAAAUUAGGACGUCCUCACCCUGCUAUUGCACAUUUUGUGUUAGCUUCUGGAUUAUCGCCUUUGUGCGAUAUUUUAUAUGAAUAUAUCGAUCUUGGGUUAGUAUUGGGUUUCGUGGAGAGAUGGCAUCCCGAGACUAAUACUUUUCAUUUACCCAUUGGGGAGAUGACCAUCACUUUGGAUGACGUAUGGUCACUUCUCCAUCUUUCCAUCAGUGGAAACUUUUGCUCCACUGAAAAUCUGGAAUAUGAAGAUUCUGUUCAGAUUUUGACGACACUUCUUGGUGUUGACCGGGCCAUGGCAUGUGUGGAGCUGAAUCAAAGUCGGGGUGCACAGGUCCGACUGAGCUGGUUGAGAGACUUGUAUCACAGCUGUUGUGAAAACGAGCUAUGGGAGUUUGCUGCACGUGCAUAUCUUUUGCACCUUGUAGGGUGCACGAUAUUUGCUAACAAAAGCGCCACCUAUGUUCCUAGGAGAUGCCAGCUUUGCAAAUACAAAGCAAUUAGCUGGAUAUCUACCUCUUCUGCAGGCUUGGAUAUACGAGCACUUCCCUACAUUGGGAAGGAAGCAAGUACGGGAUACAUAUGUGGAGACGAACCCCGUGCUCUACGUUAUGUCACUGGACGCGCCAUUUCCGCUAUAGCUGAUGUUAGAGUCCAGUUGGAUGGCUUGACAUAUGAUGGGAUGAUUUGGAACCCAUAUGUAGCACACAGAGCUGCUCGACAACUGGUAACACAUGGCAUGUUUUCUGGCUUCCUGAGGGUUGGGACCGUCGUACAACGUCAUUUGCCGGAGCGUGUGUUGCGACAAUUUGGCUUCAUCCAGCCUAUUCCACGACCGCCUAGUUCGGUUCCCAUGAUGGACUUUGAGGCUAUUGAUGAUCGGUGGAAAAAGCACGAGCAGUUUGUUGUACAUCAAGUGGUCCAAGCACCAGCUCCUUUUUCAUGUUCGGAUGGAUAUUUGCAGUGGUUUAGGAGAGUCUCCCAUCCAUACAUUUUACGUGGAGCUGAGGCCGACCGACCUAGCCUUGUGCUUGUGCCCCGACUUCGUCGGAAUUUGCCAGAUGACAUAACAGUUCAGAGGACGUCACCGUCAUCAUCUUCCAGUGGUUUAUUGGGUCUCGUGAAACGCAUUGUAGGUGGUCUUCAGCGGAUGAUAGACUGUAGAGAUGUUACUGAGGGCACAGUUGCCUGGGAUCGCACUCAUGAGUUAUUGCAGAUGGCUCAAGAUGGAGUUGAAGAGGAAGAGACUAGAGGAGGACGUAGAGUUCGAGGUCGACGACCAUCUACGUCUGGAUAG